UCAUUUGUUAUGGGCAGGGGUAGUUGGGGAUUGUCACCACUCUCUGGAGAGCGCGCGUAGUGUUACAGUUGGAUGGAGCCACAGAAAUUAUCCAUUUGGAGAAAUGGAUGGAACUAAAAUGGAGUAGGACAAAGGAGAAAUCCCAACCUUUGCUGCUCCACUCUACUCACAUCAACCCUGUUUCCGCCAUUGUCUUCCCGCCUAAUUCCUCCUCAGUUCGCGAUUUCGGAAGCCAUGGUCGCCGUUAUCUUCAUUCUCUCUGCCCUAAUUUAUGUCUGCUCCGCUGAAACUUACACCUCUAAUCGCCUCUCACCUGACCAAAAUCUCUGUGCGCUGAUCAUUCGUCCUGCUGGUUAUGCUUGCUCCGAACACACGAUUUUGACUGAUGAUGGUUACUUAUUGGCUCUACAACGGGUGUCAUCGUCCAAAAUUGGGAAUUUAAGACAAAAUCCACGUCCUCCGGUUUUGCUUCAGCAUGGACUCUUUAUGGGAGGAGAUGCGUGGUUUUUAAAUUCUCCAGAAGAAUCAUUGGGUUUCAUCCUUGCAGACCGUGGUUUUGAUGUUUGGGUGGGAAAUGUGCGUGGAACACGUUGGAGCCAUGGUCAUGUAUCUUUAUCACUUAAAGAUAAGGAUUUUUGGGAUUGGAGUUGGCAGGAAUUGGCUCUACAUGAUUUUGCAGCAAUGCUUCGCUACAUUAAAGCAGUAACCAGUACAAAAAUAUUUGUCGUUGGACAUUCACAGGGGACAAUAAUGUCUUUGGCUGCUUUCACUCAGCCUAAUAUAGCAGAAAUGGUUGAAGCUGCUGCUCUUCUAUCUCCGAUAUCGUACUUGGAGCAUAUAAACUCCAAGUUUGUACUUAGAAUGGUUAAUAUGCAUCUAGAUCAGAUGAUUCUUGCCAUGGGUAUUCAUCAAGUCAACUUCAGAAGUGAUUGGGGUGUUAAUCUUGUGGAUUCCAUAUGUGAUGGCCAUUUGGAUUGCAAUGACCUGCUAACAUCCAUUACAGGCAAGAAUUGCUGCUUUAACAACUCGCGUGUGGAUUUCUAUCUUGAGUAUGAACCACACCCAUCAUCAGCAAAGAACAUACGCCAUCUCUUCCAAAUGAUUCGAAAGGGUACUUUCUCCAAGUAUGACUAUGGAGUAGUAAAAAACCUGAUGCAAUAUGGUCAAUUGAAACCCCCUGUAUUCAAUCUUGGGAAUAUACCCGAGUCAUUGCCGUUAUGGAUGGCCUACGGAGGAGAUGAUGCCUUAGCAGAUUUGACCGAUGUGAAGCACACGCUCAAGGAAUUGCAGUCUACUCCAGAGUUGCUUUAUCUUGAGAAUUAUGGUCAUAUUGACUUCAUUAUCAGCGUGCAUGCAAAGGAAGAUAUUUAUAAUCAUAUGAUUAGCUUCUUCAACUCUAGGGAAAAAUCUAGUAGUUUAAAGUGACUGUUUACUAUUGUACCAAAAGAGAAAGAAAGAAAAAAAAUGUGAUUGUAUAUACUGUAAAUAUUCAUCAUUUUAUUUUCUUGUGAAUAUUGUAUAUGGUAAAGAGUGGAAGAAGGGAGUAAAAGAAAGAGCAGAAGCAAAUGUCAGUUUGAUUCCAGAUUAACAAGAACGUCGACAUUGGCCGAUGAGGAAAUUAGGCGGUCAUAGAGGAACAAUGAAGGUUCCAUAGCUGUACAAGCCAACAUUGAUAGUCACCUCAUCAUGCUUAGGCUCAGAUUAUAUUGAGUGUUUGGAUGUGAACUUUAAUUGGAGUAUUGUAAACGAAAAAGUUGUUGCAAUAUUGUCAUUUGUAAUGAAUAAAAGUAUACAAAGUAUUUUGGAAUUUA